AUGCCUGCCUCCAGUCCGGCCGAGCCAAGCGAAACCAACACCCGCGCUGACAGCUCACCGCUCACUGCCGCCGCGCCCGCUCACACGAGCCCAGCCUUGCCUUCUGCCAUCAUCUUUGCUCGCGCAUCCGCCGCAUACACGAUUCCCAUCAUGAACGCGACCAAUGCCCACACCGACAUCAAGCCGCUGGUGCGAAAGCUGCUUGACCGAGACCCCGUGCAGUUCAACGCCGCCGUCAACGCCCACUUUGCUCCGGACUCCACCUACGAGGGCCGCAGCCUCAAGAUCCACGGCGCCAGCCAGCUCAAGCGCACCGCCUUGCUCUUCAACACGCUCGACCUCGGCAGCGCUGCCACGCUCGCCGACGAGGAUAUCCGAUGGGACGCCGCAGGAUCCACGGCCAUCGUCAAAGCGACGCGCAACGUCCGUCCGCUCGCCUUUCCGCUUUUUGAGUUUGCCGUGCCCACCAGGAUCACACUCACCUUCCGCGCCGACGACGCCGACGAGGAUGCCAAGGGUGCGCUCCGCUGCACGCACUGGCACGACGAGUGGCCGCUCGAGUCGCUCAUCACCCGGCUGCCGCUCAUCGGCAAACUGUACAGCCUGCUCGUCGUGCCCCUCCUCACCGCCGUGUUCGUCUGGGCCAGCAACGUCGCCUUUUGGCUCCAAUCGAAGCGCUCGACGAUCAGGCACAAGCACGUUCACCGCGCCUCGCACGCCUACCACCAGCAGGUCAGGCCGCAUCUGCCCCGCAGCCUCGUGCAUGGCUUCGAUGCAGGCGUGAAUGCUGCCGAGAAUGUCGGUCAGCAUGCCGCCGGUCUGAUCUCGCGCGCCUCAUACGGCCCGCUCAAGGCAGUCGAGGAGCUUGCACGCACCGCGACCGUGGUGGCCAACCUCGCGCUGCCCGAACAGCUGCAGCUGCCCUACCCGUCGGUGUUUGCCCAACCCGCCGCUGCCCAGCCAGCUAGCUCGGCUGAGGUCGCAGUGGAAAAGCACGUCGCUGCGAGCGACAAAGACGGGGCCAAAGCCAAAGAAGCCCCUGCUGCGGCUGCACGCUCUGACAAGGCUGCCGUGCCGCCCUCGCCGCGCAACAAAGUGUCGGGUUCGCCGCACGUCCAAGACUCUGGCGCGACCGAACCGACGAAGCAGGCAGACAAGGCGGACGAGGACGCGUCUGCGGGCCAUGCCAAGGUGGUGGUGGGCACGGGCGCCGAGGCGCGCGAGAUCGACGUGGUGACGCACGUGGUGACCGAGCACGCGCCCGCCACCGAAUCCGCGCAGCAGUCGCUGUACGACGUGCUCAAGAAGGACAACGAGCUGCCGCACGCCUCGGACAAGGCCAGCGCAGGUGGCAAGAAGAGCGGCGGAAAGAAGAAGAAGAACGGCGGUCGAAAGUAG